AUGGAUAGAAAAUUAAUAAUUAUAAUGUUUAUUAAUUUAAUAAUUGUCAGUUUUUAAAUAUGGUAAUUUACAAGAAAUAACCCUUAAUUAUAUAGUUUUUAAGUCAUAAAUAUAGAAUUCUAUAGUUUUUUUUAAAGAACAAAUCUAAUUAAGCUGUAAAUCUUGGCUGUUAAGAUUGUGAUGGUCCAAACCUAUCAAGAUUUUUGUCUUGUACAUAAUAAUCAAAUUAAAUCCAUCUUCCAGAAAAUAAAGUAUGUAUCUAUCCAUAUAAUACAAUUGAAAAUGAAAAUUAAUGCAAAUGAUCUUAGAGAAAAGAAAAAAAUGUAAAUACGGAUAUUUCGAGUUUGA